AUGGUGCGGGCUAAAAGGUCUUUGGUGUGGGAUCACUUAACAAAAAAUACAUUCGUCGGCGAACACGAAAGUGAAAUUAAAGUGCAGUGCAAGUAUUGCGACGGUACUUUGCAUUAUGACGGAUCGACGAGCUCAAUGAUGAAACAUUUACGAUCGCAGCACAAAAAUCUUCAACUGCAGGAUGUUGACAUCGAGAACGCAGGGCCUUCGGGCUCAUCCCUUUCUACACCUAAAAGGCAAAAACUCACUGAUAUGGGGAUAACUACUGAACGGCCGUGUAACAACACUCGAAAAGGUCAGAUAACAGACAAGUUGGUAUCAGUAAUCAUUGAAAACAAUUUACCCAUUCGUUUCUCUGAGUCAGAAUCGUUUCGUGAGUUCAUGAAAUUUGUGGAACCAAACUAUAAAUGCCCUUGUGCAGAAACCAUUAGGAAUAUUACUGAAUCAAAAUUUAAUAAUGUACAAAAUGAAAUCAGGAAAGAAAUGGAAUCUGUUCUAUACGUUGCUAUUACUACGGAUGCAUGGACGUCUAUUUCAAACGAUGCAUUUCUUGCUGUUACUGCCUCUUACUUUAACAAAAAUUGGGAACUCAGAAAGCUGGUUUUAGCAACUGUAAAGUUACAGCAACGACAUACUGCUCAGUACCUGGCAGAAGAAAUUGAACAUGUAGUUACUGAAUGGAAUAUUUCGGACAAAAUAUCUGCGAUAGUACACGAUAACGGUGCAAACAUUGCCCACGUGGCAGAAAUAGUUAACACUGAAUAUACAGAUGUUUCUUGUGCAGCACAUACAUUGCAAUUAGUGAUCAAUAAAGCAAUGGGUACAGAUAAGACUGAUUCGCAGGCCAGUAGACUUGUGGGCCACUUUAGCCACAGUGUAUUAGCUACUUCCGAACUGAAGAAGAAACAAAAACAUUUUGAAUCCGCCAAAGAUGAAACGGGAGUUGAAGAAGAACCCUUGUCACUUAUACAGUACUGUCGCACACGAUGGAAUUCUAUAUACCACAUGCUGGAAAGACUACAUAAAUUGAGAUGGUCCGUGCGUGCUGUACUUGGUGAUAGUAACGUAACAAAACGAUCCGCAAUGCACUUAGACCUGAAGGACGAAAUGUGGUUGCUUAUGGAAGAAAUUUUACCUACGCUUAACCUUCUAAAAAUCGCGAAUACAUUAGUUUGUGGAGAGAAGUAUGUUACCAUAUCGGAUGUUUUAAGUAUUGUAGUGGCACUUUUUGACAAAUUUUCAAACGACUCUGAAGACGACAGCGCUGUUUUAAAAGACUUUAAAAAUGCUUUAAUAACCGGAUUAAAUACACGUUUUAUAAACAAAAUUGAGGAAAGUAAUAACCUAUAUCUAAAAGCCAUGGCAGUUGAUCCGAGAUUUAAAGAUAUCAAUUUUUUUUUCACUUUUGAGUUGCGUCAAAAAAUUUAUGCAGAUAUUCGCGAAGAAAUUCAAUCUAAUAAAAAUCGGGAACAGCCACAUUUAGACCCAGAAUACAAGAAUGCAGAAGUCGGGGAAGAGGAGAAAGAAAAACAGCGGUGUGAAGAAAAAAUGAAGACCAACAAAAAAGAACUUCAGGAAUUAUUUGGUUCUAGUUCAGAGAGUGAAGAGCAGGUACAGGAUGAUGAAUACGAGCGGUUUCUUGCGGCAAAGAAAAUUAAAAGGAGCGACGAUCCCAUUUCGUGGUGGCAAGUGAAUGAAAAGAAAUUUCCGGCUACAGCUUUUGUAGCCAAACGAUAUUUGGGAAUACCUGCAACUUCAGUUGCGAAAAAAUCAUAUAAUUUCGAUAGAGCGGAUAUACCUGUGGAAGAACUGGCGCUUAUUCUUGAAUAUUAUGGGUUCAACAUGCGAAAAAAGAAUUCUGAAGAUUACAAGGAGAGUGUCAUCAAAGUUUUAUGGAAUUCCACAGCUAAGCAGUUGCAGGAAUAUUUUUUUGAAAAAUAUAAUCGCAAAUUCAAUCCAUUCUCGGACAUAGAAUUUUUGAACGCAAGAGCUGCAAAAAAUGCUAAGCGCCGGAAGCUACAAAUGGAUCCAAGCAAGAGAAAGGAAAGUUCAUCUGCACUAUCAACAGACGAGCUGAGAAAAAUCAUUGAGAUUUGGGACGAGAACACUCCGGAAGGACUGCAGAAAAAGUUUUAA